AGCUGAAGCGCGAGCUGCACCUCCGGCAGGAUGAGCAGCAUCUGGGCGCCACUGCUCCUGCUGCUGCUGCUAGGCAGCCACCUCUCUCCAGCCCGGGGGCUUCUGGAGGCCUACUACACAAACUGGAAGUGUAAAUGCAACCAAGAGAGCUCGGAUUUUGUCCACCCACGAUUCAUCGAUCAGCUUCAAGUCUUCCCCCGUGGGAACGGCUGUGCAAGGGUGGAAAUCAUACUCCGGAUGAAGAAUAAGUCCGUUAUCUGCGUGAACCCUCAAAGCAAAUGGAUACAAACAAUAGUGAAAAUAUUACAGAAAAAAAAAAGUUUUUCAACUCCACCAACUCCAGUGAUUAAGAGAAGGGUUUCCUGAUGCCAAUAUUUCCACUAAGAACACCUAAAUUCUCCCCUUCUCCCUGCUCUGGAUUUUAGUUUUGUGCUUGGUUGAAUCUUUUCCAAGAAAAUGAACAUCUCCUUACAAACGAGUGUGAACAUAUAUGUAAAAAUCACCCUCAAUGCUCGUGGGGCAAACUCAAGCUUCUUCACAUACGGUACCCUAUAUACUUGGCAUUCACAUCCUUGUUCAUUAGGGAGGAAAGUUUCUUUGAGAAUAGUUCUAAAUCAUAUAGCAUUAUUUUGUUAAUAUACACCUGUUGUUUAAUGCUAAACUUUCCUAGAAAAUAAGGGAAUGGGAAUUUAAACCUCAAAUCUCAACAUGUGACUUGAAUUAAGAAAACCAUGGAAUGUAUUAAUAUUUUGAUCAUUUUACACUAUAAGAAAAGCAGCCUUCCGCGAGAGGCCGCAAGCUGCGUGGGAAACGGGUGCAGCUUCAGCCUGACAAGAGACAGUGAAUCCACAUAGUGAAUGUCUCUGUUUAAAAACUAGCUAUUGAGGAGAAUGGGGUCCUUUUACUUUUAAAGGGUUCCUUUAUAUGAUUUAUUGUCUCAAAUUAACAACAUUCAAAGAUCCCCACGCUUAAAUUCAUAGAAUACUCAGGAAAAGCAUUUAAAGGAUGAUAUACGGAUGUCUUCUUUUAUACAUUUGCCUUGACAGACUUUUUUUUACUCACAUCUUUUGCACAGACUUUUUUCAUUUUGGUCUCAUAUCAAAAUCUCGAAUGAUUCCUAUUAAUCUAAUGCCAUUCAAUCAACUUCAUCAAGCAUUUUACUUAAUUAUGAGCAAUUUAUUCUUAACACAGCCUUUACUCAAAUGCAGACAUUCUCUGGCUGUUCACAAUGAAAAGUAAAGUUUAUCGGGUUAAUUUUUCUUUCCCUUGCACUUGCCUGUUACAGAUGACCUAAAAUUAUACGGCAACACGUAAGUGAAGUUAUUCCUGAUAUCAACACAGGGAGGCGUGCAUGCUUCCGAGGGCUUCUUUCCCUAAUGCCACCCCCUACUGACCAUGUUUCCUCCAGACUCAAGCUCUCACUCAGACCCAUUUUCACUGUCUGAUUACAUGGACUCUUAAAGUUUCCAAUGUUUCAUUUGACAAAGUUUUGCAUUGAGUUUGACAAACAGAAGAAGACGACAUUGGACUCUGGUCCCUCCCACCAGUGUGUCAGCCUGGCCUCCCCACCACUGCCCGGAGCCCCCGCCCGUCCGGACUCUCGCCUCAGCCUGCUGCUUUGGGGGUCCGCUCCCAGCACACCUGCUCCCUCUUUCAUUUUCCUCUUUUGAUUUUUUGAUUUUUUGAUUAAAUGCAUUUCUUGGGAGAAAAUAA